AUGUAUGAUUGUUUGAAGCUCAUUGGUUUACACCGGCAGUUAUUAUUGUUGUUAUAUCUAAAAAUGAGAGUUCGACCAGAACAUUGGGCUCUCUUACUACAGAUGUGCGAAAAGAACCCUGAAAUAAUAACAGACAAAUUCAAAGGCCCUGGGAAAGCAAAAGUUCAUGCUGUAUGGGAACAAGUGACACAGGAAUUGAAUGGUUUAGGAUUCGGGAAGAAAUCGGCAUACCAUUGGAGAAAGACAUUAAUAGAUUGGAAAUGUAAAACAAAAAAUAAGGCUGGAGGAAUAAAUAGAAAACGAAAAGUAAAUGAUGAUAAAACAGUCCAUUAUGUGUCUGUGCCUCUUUCUGAAUAUGAAAAGAAACUUCUUAGUCUUAUGGGAACAACCUCCAAUGGAAAUGAUGUACAAAAAAUGGGAUUUAAAAAAAUUAACCAGUCCUGGGAAGAGGAAGAAGAGCACCUUACACUGAUUGUACAUAGUGACGACUCUUCUGAGCUUCCACCUAGUAUUGAAGAAUCCUUUGAUGUACGAGAUCGAAAACCUAAUGAACAUGACUAUAAUGCACUCACAUACCCAACUAGUGCAGAAGAUGACUACUGCAAAGUCAAAAUAUCUUCUGAUGUCAUAAAACCAUCAACUGAUGACCAUAACUAUAACAGGCCCACCUGCUCAACUGGUAUAAAAAGACCACCAAAACGCCAAAAAGUUAGACCGCGCCAAGGAGUUAAGGUUUCAAAUAGGCUCACUGUCCUUUCUCAGAAGACACUGCAAACAUUGAAAAAUAUAGACAAAAAUACUCAGUCUAUUGCAGAAAGCCUUAAAGUCAUAGCUGAUGCUAUUAAGGCACCUGUACAAUAA